AUGUCUGAUACAAUUAUUCAGCCGGAUGUUCAGCCACCAACCCCGGGUGAAGAGCAGACAGGAAACACAACCUCAAAUCAACAGCAGGAGUCUCUUCCGCAAUCAUUAUACAGAAGAUUGCUUGAAUCUGCGCAUCCAAUCGCUCUCCUAUUCUACUUGAUUUUGAGAUUGUCUCCGCUGAUUAUAUAUCUUUUUGGGCUUUGGUUUACUUCAAAUUACAUUCUUUUCUUCAUAGUUGUUAUUUUAUUACUAUCGGCGGAUUUCUGGAAUGUGAAGAAUAUUGCUGGCAGAUUAUUAGUCGGUCUCAGAUGGUGGAACGAAACAAAUGACAUCGGCAAGUCUGUUCUUGUCUUUGAGACAGCAGAUCCAUCAAGGCAUAUAAAUCCAAUUGAUUCAAAGGUGUUUUGGUUCUUGAUGUACAUCUGCCCUAUUGUGUGGAUACUCUUUGGAAUCAUGGCCUUGUUAAAGCUUCAAUUUUUAUCCUUGAUCUUGGUUGGUAUUGGUAUUGUUCUUACGGCUUCGAACACCAUGGCUUACACAAAAUGCGAUAAAUUUGGAAAAGCCAACAGUUUUGCUACAGACGUUUUCGGAUCGGUUACCGGUAACGUCUUCGACAGAAUGAAUCCAUUCAAAGGCUUUUUUAACAGACAGUGA